GGAGAGGACUGAGAGUGGGACUGCAUCAGACCCUCAGGAUGCUGUGGAAACACAUUUGGCUCUUUCUUUUACGCCUUCUCAUUUCGUAUUUUGGUGCAGUACAGUCCAUAUAUGUAACAACAGAUCAGCCAGAUGUGGUAGUGAAUGUUGGCAACAAUGCAACGCUUGACUGCACUUACAGAACAAAUGUUGGAUCCAUGUUUUCGCUUGAAUGGCGCUUUGCAACAGGCACAAAAGCAGAUGCAGAAGCUAUGAAGAUUCUUUAUUAUACUGAUGGGAAAACGUAUACACUUGGGCCACAAGCUAAUCGAAUCAAACUGAUUGCCCAGAAUCCGAUUCACGGAGUUGCAUCCAUCAGAAUUGAAAACACCAGGUCAUCAGACACUGGCCGGUAUUCCUGUGAUAUAAACAAUCCCCCGGAUUUUACUGGACCCACCGAGGCAUUUGUCAAUUUAAUCGUCCGAGUACCGCCAUCCACUCCAGAGUGUAAAGUGAUUGGAAAACCAUACAUUGGAAACAAUGUGACGUUGCUGUGCAGCUCGACAGAGGGUCGGCCAACGCCUAAGUAUAUAUGGUCAGAGGUUAACCCUGGCACUGCGGAACCUUCAUCAAAAGUCAUGAUAAAAGGAUUGUGGCUGUUCAUUCUGGUGACACCUGACCAAUGUUCCUUCCUCAAACUUAAUAGGGAAAGUAGCUUACAGUGUCCGUCAAAUGGAAAGACCCAAGUGUUAUCUCUUCACUUGUCACACCCUCCUCCACAGCUCCUCGUGUUUUUCCAUGGCUACAUAUUGAAUCUUCAAGGAGUCUUUCAAGGUCGCAACUUCUUUGCCUGCCUUUUCCGCCUGCUGUUUUGCCUGGCACCGCUGAUGGAUACCACCAAUGGUUACAGUGAUGGAAUGCUGCUCCUGCAACAGUGCAUGACCUACGUCCUGGACCAAGGACUCUAUGGCGGCCGCCAACCUACCAGUGUUGACCUCGGUGCGUUGUUAACCAAGGAUGAUUCCAAUAAAGGUACUCUAUUUCUGAGAAACCUGACAAUGGAGUAUUCAGGAACCUACAGAUGUGUGGCAUCCAACGUCCUUGGGGAACAAUCAUGUCAGCUGGUUCUCACAGUCACAGUGAACAAUGAAGCUGGAGUGGUUGUUGGAGCUGUGGUUGCUACCCUCAUAGCUCUGCUUCUGAUUGCUGUUGUUACGUACUACUUACUUCGCCACAGACGGAAGAGCCCCAAGACCCCUGUUGUCGGACAUGAAUUGAGAGAGGAUGCAGUGGCUCCUGGUAAAGAAGCGAACUCCCAUCUACUGGUAUCAUCUGUACACAGUCAAAAAUCCAACUCAGACAGCAUGAACUCAAAAUAUAAUAUUGUUGUCUAAACCCUACUCAAAUCUCAAGUAUUGCAGUGCUUGAGAAUUCAGGCCUGAAGGGGUUAAAGUUUUUUUUUAAGUCUUAUUCUCCUUUCACAUUUGUUUGGCUGUGUGCUACCAAACCAAUUUGCUACAAGUUGUCAUUAUUAUUACCAAACUAAGUUUUACUGGCUGUGAAUCUGACAAAUAAUCAAUUCUUUCAGUUGGAGAUCCAUGAAACUGGAGGUGGAAUGAAGUUAAAGCUGAUCUAUUAAUAGGAUCACUAUUUUUAAACAGACGUUUUGAUCGGAAAGCUUUAGGAACUCAAUUCUUUUCACUAGAUGGGCAUGUUAGUUUCAGUUCUCAGUUGGUGUGCAAAAUGGAGCUUUGACGGUGUGAGGCAAAAUUUGUGAUAGUCAGUCUAGCUAUGCAAACAAAAAGGGCUGUCAACCAACCUUUAAUCAGCAGUUGGGGCUAUAUGGAAAGGUCUAAAGUCCAGAUCAACAAUAUUGUUAUGACUGAAGCAUAUUUAUAGCAAGAUCCACAUUUCUCUUCCUUCCUUUCUCAACUUUUUGGCCCCACUUGGGUGUGCUUCUCUGAGAAAGUUGGAAGGUGACAAGCCUCUGGAUCUCUGACAAUGCUGCGGUCAACUGAUAAUGAGGACGUUCCCAGCAGAGCAGCCUUGGAAUGGCUGAUUCUGACCGGAACUCCCUUCUCUGACGACCUGCCUGACUUUUGCCUGUCACAAUAACAUGGCUGAAAAUAGCAAUUGAAUAAUGUCAGGAAUUGAAUCACUAUCCAAUGCAUGGCCCCAUGCCUUAAGUUCCCAAUUUGCCCACUUUCAAUGGAAAUACAACAUUAACCUGACCCAGUCUCACCAAAGGAGAUAUUUGGAGAAAUAUCAGUGAAGGAAACCUAGUUUUGGAAGAUAGAGUCUCUUGAGCACCUUCAGACACUGUUCUGGCAACAGCUGGUAUAACUGGGGUUAGUUUUGAAAGAUGUGUUGUACAGCUGCUAAGCAAUAUGUAUUGUCACUGCUGAAAUAUUGUACUAAGAUCCAUAUUAAUGGCAUUGGCUCCUGGUGGAGAAGUUUCCUCGGCCAAAUUUACUUUUGGAUUGCAAUUGGCUGCAUGAGACCCAUGUUUUACCUGUAAGUCCAGGCUUCCCAUCCAUUACUCCUGCUCCCUCCGCUCCGACGGCAUGGCUUGGUAAACAUUGGGACCAACAUUUCAGGUCAAUGACCUUUCAUCAGAUAGCAGCAAAAGACUUUGUUAUAAUUCAAAUCAAUUAUUACUUCCGUUUAAUAAAUAUGCAGGCUUCACCAAAACGGAGUGCAGGAUGUUGAAAUUGAACUAAUUAAAUGUGCUAUUGCAAUUGCUUCCAGCAUUUUGUAUGAGCUGACUUUAA